UAGCAAACCAAAUCAUAUACUACCACAAAAUGCAGAGAUUUACCGCCGCUAUCCGUACUGCUCCGGCUCUCCGUGUCGCCCGUGUUCCCAGGGCAAUGGCCGCUGCUGGUCAGGUCCGUUCCAUGUCCUCCGCUCACGAUGAGGAGGACUUCGACUCCUUCAACGCUCGCUACACCAAGUUCUUCGAGGAGUGCGAGGACGUUUUCGAGCUCCAGCGUGGUCUUAACAACUCUUUCUCCUACGAUUUGGUUCCUUCCCCAGAGACCGUUACCUCUGCAUUGAAGGCCGCUCGCCGUAUUAACGACUACCCUACCGCUGUCCGUGUUUUCGAGGGUUUGAGGCAGAAGGUUGAGAACAAGACUCAGUACCAGGCUUACGUGGACGAGUUGGCGCCUAUUCGCAAGGAGCUGGGUAUUGAGCUUCCGGAGGAGCUUGUCCUCUAG